UUACUACUAGUCUACUACUUUUAACUUCAUUAUCUCGAGCUCAGACAAAUUCAACCAAUUAUGCGUUACCACCCGCAAAUAUUACCGGAAUACCGCAGGAACCAAGUAAUAAUACAUAUCCCAACCCAGAGUAUGCGAGGCUAGUAGCUUACUCUUUAUAUUUUUACGAAGCACAAAGAAGCGGAAAAUUACCUACAGACAACAGGGUACCAUGGAGACAUGAUUCAGCGUUAAACGAUGGUCAAGACGUUGGUCUUGAUUUAUCAGGAGUAUGUGUCUUAAACUUUUUAUAUUAUUGA